CGUUGAACUAUAUCAUAACAAAGAAGAGAAACUAAAAAGAGCAGCUACGGGUAGAAUGAGAUCCCCAAAAAUUAUGGGAUUAGGGCAUUGCAUGGUUUAUGUUGUGGUCUUUAGCGCCAUCGUAGCUGCAGCUUACCCUUAUGAAUCUCCCCCAACAACUCAGAAAUAUCCCCCAGUCCAUAAAACCAAAUCACCAUAUCCACCCAAAAAGAAUUCCCCAUAUUACUCGGCACCACCAUCUCCUCCACCACAAUAUAGAAGACAAGGCCCUAAAUAUACACCACAUCCAAAACCAUAUAUCUACAGUUCCCCACCACCUCCGUCAUACUACUCUCCUUCCCCGAAGGUCGAAUACAAAUCUCCACCACCGCCUUAUGUCUACAGCUCCCCACCACCUCCACCAUACUACUCUCCUUCCCCGAAGGUAGACUACAAGUCUCCACCACCGCCAUAUGUAUACAGCUCUCCACCACCGCCACCAUACUAUUCUCCUUCCCCGAAGGUAGAGUACAAGUCUCCGCCACCACCAUACGUUUACAACUCUCCACCACCUCCACCAUACUACUCUCCUUCUCCUAAGGUCGAAUACAAGUCUCCACCACCACCAUACGUGUACAGCUCCCCACCACCUCCGCCAUACUACUCUCCUUCUCCGAAGGUAGAGUACAAGUCUCCUCCUCCUCCUUAUGUCUACAGCUCCCCACCACCUCCGCCAUACUACUCUCCUUCUCCGAAGGUAGAGUACAAGUCUCCACCACCUCCAUACGUUUACAACUCCCCACCACCUCCACCAUACUACUCUCCUUCACCAAAAGUAGAGUACAAAUCUCCACCCCCUCCAUACGUCUACAGCUCUCCACCACCUCCACCAUACUACUCUCCUUCCCCAAAAGUUGACUACAAGUCUCCACCGCCGCCAUAUGUCUACAGCUCUCCACCACCUCCACCAUACUACUCUCCUUCCCCGAAGGUAGACUACAAGUCUCCACCACCGCCAUACGUAUACAGUUCUCCACCACCGCCACCAUACUACUCUCCUUCUCCGAAGGUAGACUACAAGUCUCCACCACCACCAUACGUUUACAGCUCUCCACCACCCCCACCAUACUACUCUCCUUCUCCUAAGGUCGAAUACAAAUCUCCACCACCACCAUACGUUUACAGCUACCCACCACCUCCGCCAUACUACUCUCCUUCUCCGAAGGUAGAGUACAAGUCUCCACCACCUCCAUACGUCUACAACUCCCCACCACCUCCACCAUACUACUCUCCUUCCCCAAAAGUUGACUACAAGUCUCCACCGCCACCAUACAUUUACAGCUCACCACCACCACCAUACUACUCUCCUUCCCCGAAGGUAUACUACAAGUCUCCGCCACCGCCAUAUGUAUACAGCUCCCCACCACCUCCACCAUACUACUCUCCUUCGCCAAAGAUGGUCUACAAGUCUCCACCACCGCCAUACGUCUACAGCUCCCCACCACCUCCACCAUACUAUUCUCCUUCCCCAAAGGUAAACUACAAAUCUCCACCACCGCCAUACGUCUACAGCUCCCCACCACCUCCACCAUACUAUUCUCCUUCCCCGAAGGUAAACUACAAGUCUCCACCACCGCCAUACGUCUACAGCUCACCACCACCUCCACCAUUCUAUUCUCCUUCCCCGAAGACCGAAUACAAGUCUCCACCUCCGCCAUACGUGUACAGCUCCCCACCACCUCCACCAUACUAUUCUCCUUCGCCAAAGGUUGACUACAAGUCUCCACCACCGCCAUAUGUCUACAGCUCCCCACCAUACUACUCGCCUUCCCCAAAAGUUUCCUACAAGUCUCCACCACCUCCACCAUAUGUCUACAAAAUGCCCUACUACUAAUUUUUAAAUUGUUUCUUUAACAAGCAACAUGAUUCAUUGCUAUUGUUUUUUUUUGAUGAAAUUGUCUUUUGAUUUUCCGUUGUUGUUGCCUCCUCUAUUUUAUGGUUUUAUAAUACCACUAAAAUUUGGCUACUUUUUGGAUGCACCUAUUUAUUGGUAGAUGUUGUUCAAACUCACUCUAAAUUUGAAAUAAUUACAUUUUC